ACAGCAGUUGAUACGAGGAAACGUAAACCCGUCUGUUGUAUCUCCGCGGUGAAGUGAUCAAAGAAGACACGUAAAAUAUAAUAAUUACAAAAUUAAUAAAUUAACUUAUUUUUUGUUAUUUUUAACGAAAUUUUUUUGCGAGUUCAACCAUAAGAAUAUUAUAUUUUAUUAUCAUUUUGUGAUUAGUCAGGAGAACAGUUUUAUGUGAACAGAAUUGUAAUACAUUUCUCGACAAAGUGAAAGCCUUUCGCACCAGAAGUUCUUCGGGAUUUUCUCUUACUAUCAGUCAUUACUGAUAUAUUGAAGUAAUUGACUCUUUUUUUCUUGUGAAGAAGCAACGUUUGAGUGAAUAGAUAUUUUUCAUAAUUGUGAAAUAAUUUUUCUAUAUGAUGAACUCGGAUAUGGGCGAUGCGAAUUGUUAUCCACUGACGGAUGAACAACAACAGUAUGCGGCGAAUGUUCUGAAUGAACGCGACGAUGGACCUGCCAAAGUUCAAGAAAUGCGAGAGUGGAUUGAAAAACAUGACAAUCUCUGCGCUCCGAUAGAUGGGAUUGUAGAUGAUUUCACGAUUCGGAGGUUCUUGCGGGUCUGCAAAUUCGAUGUUGCGAGAGCGAAGGAAAAAAUGUACAACUAUUAUGCGCAGCGGACUAUUUUGCCGGAGUGGUUUGCAAAUAGAGAUCCAAUGAUACCCGAACUCCAGGACAUGUUCAAAAUGGGGAUUUUCCUGCCUCUGCAGGGAGUUGACGAUCAAGGGAGAAUUGUCGUUAUCCUCCGAGUAUGCAUUCACAAUCCUGCUCAACAUUCCAUAUCAAGCGUUCUAAAGGCAAGCUUGAUGAUUCUGGAUGUGGCUCUGAAAGACCACGUUUCGGCAUCAAUCUAUGGAAUAUCUGCGAUUUUCGAUAUGACCGGGGUGACCUUGGAUCAUGGGCUUCAAAUGACCCCUGGGGUUGUUCAACGUCUGGUUCAUGCCUGGCAAGGUUGCUACCCCCUCCGUAUUCAGUCUCUGGAUUUCAUUAAUGCUCCCGUCUACGUUAAUUUUGUGCUCAAUAUUUUUAAAUCUUUUAUGACAAAGAAAUUGAAGUCCAGGACUGUUGUGCAUAAAGGAACUUCCGAAGAGUUUUUCAAGACAAAAGUUCCGCAGAGAAUAUUGCCACUGGAGUAUGGGGGUACUGCUGGACUUCUCCAGGAUUUGAUAGAUUACUGGAAGGCCAAAAUUGAAGAAAAUAUUUCUUGGCUUGAAUCCGAAGCACAAUACCGUCUAAUCUCUCCAUGAACCAUUAAUCUCUCGUAUCUCUGCACGCAAUAUAUUUCAAAUGAAAAUUUAUACAAGAAUCACAACGGUGCUUUUUCAAAUAUAUCUCAAUAUUUUCAAUUCAAUCAUUUCAAAACAUGUUCCCAUAUAAUCUUCAAUCAUCACUACAAUUUAAAUAAACGUACAUUUAAGUCAUGGGCAAGUAGAAUUGUCCUAAGCUACCACCUAACGCCUAUCUUAUAAUUAUAAAAAAAAUACUAAUUACAGUUCUCUUUUAUAUCUUUUGUGAAGAAUUACACCACGAGUACUGAAAAAAUCAUGAAAAAUAAUAACAAAGGAUCAACCGAGUCACGGACCAAUUGUCCUGAGCAAUAAACUUCCCACUUAAAACUUAAUCCAUUAGUGAAUUAAUAAAACGAUUCAAUUUCAUGCAACAUAUUUGCAUAAUUAUGAAAAUGCCUCGUUAACAAGGAACUGCUAGAGGAACAGACGUUAUCGACAGACGUUUUCCAUUAAUAAAUUUUCCUUGUUUUAAUGAAAACUUUUAAAACGUUUUACUCUAAAGCCAGCUAUUCUUGAAAUAAUUGAUAAAUUAACAACGAUUGCAGAUUUCUGAGCGAAAACAGGUGGAAUUCAAAUUUUGCCAAACGAUCUUUGUUCAUUCUACGAUUAUCCAAAUAUUGACAAAAUAAAUUUUGAAUUUCUGUGAAAAUUUAAAUAAGAUGUAGAGUGAAAGAGACCAUUCUGCAGUGUGUUUCCUAGUAGAAAUUAUUCUACCUCAUGAAACAGAUUUUAUCCUCCAUCUCUAACUUGACACGAUGAUAAGGCUUGACUUGAUCUUCUUUACCAGUUUAUAACUGAGUUAAGCCCAAUUUAUCUCGUGCAACAUGAAAAUUCUCGAGAAAUAAACACCGAUAAUUUGGAUAUUACACGGGAUACUCGAAGAAAUAUCAAUUUCAAUCAUUAAAAAAUGUCCCAAUGAAUGAAA